AUGGGUUGCCGACAUGUAUAUCACAGUAUCACCAUGCAGUCUUCAAGAGCCAAGAAACUCAAGUUUAUAAAUGAGCGAAGUGGCGCCGACACUCUUACUUCAAUCUUUGUGAAGAAAAUGAGCUGGGCAUCACUAGAUACCUCUGGAAGGGAGGCCCCAUUCCUCUGGGAACUUUCAAAAAUUCGUUGCUUAGCCUUCGCGCCGUCAAUGGCUGUGGGAUUAAAAAGACUGUGUCUCUCAGAAGCUAUUGGGCUGGGGACAGUACAAACUACUCAUCUACGAUAA